CUCGUAUAUAUAUCUUGAAAGGAGGCCCCCACCUAAGUCUCAUCAUUGCACCCUCGUCGUAUAAUCUAUCGUAUCAUGAGCAACGAGGCGGACGUGCCUGCUAACCAUUCCCUACCCGGCCCUGAACCGAAUGCCGGCCAGGACGCUGAAAGGAUUGAGGUGGGCGAGAAAAAAGCGUUCAUGUUUGACGAGCUUGGGCCAAUGGUGGUCAACAAAGAUGGGACUCUGUCGCGAGUCGCCAACUGGCCAAACAUGGCACCGCUCGAGAGAGAGAGCGGACGAUGCGAGUUCUGAUUGCGCGGAACCAGAUCCGUAUCGCGAAUCAGAAGGAGAAACAGCAGCAGUCCAGCUCGGAAUCAGGAGAACCGCUCAGCAUUCCGGAACAGCCGUAGACGUUGAUGCACGCAAUGAUACAGGGAUUUCGAAGAUUAUAUGCGGUGCAUAUAUGGAUAGAAGCAAUGUAUUUGUGACAGUAUGUGUGAUCCGUAUUUCAUCGUUACUUU